CGGAGGGGCGGGCAGGGAUUCGGCUCGCACGCCCUUCGGCCGCCGGGGCGCCCGAACUCCCUUCCGCUUCCGACGCGCUGUCCGCCAGCCGGUGGAUGUGCGGUAACAACAUGUCGGCCCCGCUGCCCGUCGUCGUGCCCGCUGCCCGGAAGGCCACCGCCGCGGUUAUUUUCCUUCACGGAUUGGGAGAUACUGGGCAUGGAUGGGCAGAAGCCUUUGCAGGUAUCAGAAGUUCCCACAUCAAAUACAUCUGUCCACAUGCGCCCAUCAUGCCUGUUACAUUAAAUAUGAAUAUGGCAAUGCCUUCCUGGUUUGAUAUUAUUGGACUUUCACCAGAUUCUCAGGAGGAUGAAUCUGGAAUUAAACAGGCGGCAGAAAAUGUAAAAGCUUUGAUAGAGCAAGAGGUGAAGAAUGGCAUUCCCUCUAACAGAAUUAUUUUGGGAGGAUUUUCUCAGGGAGGCGCUUUAUCUUUAUAUACUGCUCUUACUACACAGCAGAAACUGGCCGGCGUCACUGCGCUCAGUUGCUGGCUUCCACUUCGGGCUUCAUUUCCACAGGGUCCUAUCAAUAGUGCUAAUAGAGACAUUUCUAUUCUGCAGUGCCAUGGAGAUUGUGACCCUCUAGUUCCCCUAAUGUUUGGUUCUCUUACUGUUGAGAAACUAAAAGCAUUGGUAAAUCCAUCCAAUGUAACCUUCAAAAUCUAUGAAGGCAUGAUGCACAGCUCAUGUCAGCAGGAAAUGAUGGAUGUCAAACAGUUCAUUGAUAAACUCCUACCUCCAGUUGAUUGACGUCACGAAGAGGCCUUGUGUAGACGCUCACCAGCACUGUAGUAGAGUAUAAACCCUUCCCUUGCCUGAUCAUAAAGCUUCUAAUAUUUGCAGUAUUAAAAUGUUUUUCAAAUAUAUACCAAUGAUACAGACUAAAUGAUGUCUCCCUCAUGGGAAAUGAUCCUUUUAAGUUUCUAUACAUACAUCUGUUUUAUACAAUCCAGAAUAUACUGGGAUUAAAGUAAAUGAAGAGAUGCAGCUAGCUUCUUUUUCUCAAAUUAAUUCAGCAAAAUAAAAUACCACAACCAGAGUUUUAUUACGUCAUUUGAAAAUGACUGCUGUGCUGCUGAGAUAUCUGUAUGUGACUUGUUAUGCUGUGAGGGACUAUGGCUCCAAUCCACACUGUUUAGUUGCUGUGCAAGGUCUGUAUUUUAUAAGUGUAUUCACGUAUAUGUGACUGUAACACACAAGAAUUGAUACCAGGGACAAUGCUAGCAAGUAUCAGAAUAGUAAUACUGCUCUCCUCAAUUAAUAGCCCUUUUAUUGGAGAACCAGGCUGUUCUUUUCCUUCUACUUAAUUUUUGUCCUCUCAAGAGACAGAAAAGUUUUUGUUUCUUGAGUUUUUUAAUAGAAGACCAAUAUUGCCUCUGCCAUAAAAACUUGUCUAUAUAUACUAUAAUUUGACACUCUGAAUCACAGACAUACAGUAUUUCAAAUCUAAGUAAUCUGAAAAGAAGUCAAACAUUACUUAGACUUACAUACUUCAAAUAAUUGCACCUUAGUCCAUCUUUAGACUGUAGAGUUGCCAGAAUCUUCAGUGCUGAUAAUUCUGUGGUUUUAUUUUUCUGUAAAAAACUUAAAGGGUAAAUAAUAUCUUGGCAUGUUCAGAAAUAAAUAUUUAAGACCAGUUUUGAAGUCUAAUUUCUAAAACAGUUACGUGUUAUAGCAAAGUUUAAAGUUUACAUUUUCUGUACAUAUGUUAUGCUUGAAACCAAAUAUUGUUCAAGAUGAGCAAUCAGAAACUUAUUUUUAUCUGGUAACAAACUAAUUUGAAUUUUCAUCUUAGUUUUUGAGAAUUAGUCUCCUGUACAAACAUUAAAAUAGCAAUCAUUUGGUUUUAAAUCAUCAACAUGGGUAAUAAAGACUGAUUAGAAAAAAAUAUAUAUAUACACACACACACACACACACACAGUUGAAUAUGUUGCAAAAAAAUUAUGGUCAUUUCUGAACUGUUACUUUUUCUGCUGUUUCCAACUGACCAUGACCAUGCUAAGAAGCAUCAUUAUAAACAGGUGCUAAGUAAUAUGGAGAUCAUUUGGUGUGGACUAGACAGGAUGUUAAUAAUGAAGCCAUACACUUAUGUCUAGAUUUAAAACAAUUUCAAUCAUUUACUAUUUUGCUUUACUUUGAAGAACAUAAACUUGCUUCAGCUGUACCAUCAGUAAAGUUUUAUUUGUGGUAAGAAAUAUUUCAUUGAAUUCUUGUGCUGUAAUGUGGGAAAAUGUCAUGUUUUUCAUAGUUUCUAUCAAUGUGAAAUAAAACUUAAUUCUGGCUUUCUUGAA